AUGGAACGUGCCUGCAUGUCGUCUGUCGUCAGGCCACACCAUCUCCAUUGGACCUCGAGGCUCUCCGAGUCGAGACUCAUUAGCUUGCUCCUUCGGCCACAAACAUUUACUGGUGGUUUGCAGCGGAAUCAAGUCGACGCUUUGUUCUGCUUCCAGUCGCAGCAGGCACGUGACACCCUGCUCCGUGCUGCACGGGACGGAAGCUUAGCAUCUGCCCUUGAAGAAGCACGUGAGGAGUCGGAGCCCUCAAAGCCAGAUGUGGAGCUCCUUCGCCAGGAGGCGCGUGAUACGCUGCUCCGAGCCGCCGGUGACGGCCGCCUGGCCGCUGCAUUCCGAUCUGUUCGGGAGGCAUGCAAGGUCCCCAAGGAGGCCAAGAAGGGCGAGAAGGGCGAGGAUCUUGAGAAACUGCGCCGUGAGGCUGCCCAGGCUCUGGUGGCAGCCGCACAGAAUGGAAGGCUUGCCGAGGCUAUUUCAAGUCGCAAGCCUGAGGUUGACGUGGAAGCUCUUCGCUUGGAGGCCCGCUCCACGAUGAUCCGUGCCGCCCAAGAUGGCAGUCUCCGGGAGGCACUGCAGCAAGCUCGCGCGGAGACCCUCCGAGCUGAGGCUCGAGACCGCCUCUUGACAGCUGCCCGCGACGGCCGCCUUGCUGCGGCUUUGCAGCGUAAGACAGCGGUCUCCGAGGACCGAACGAGCCUGGAAGAGAUCCGUGAGAAGGCAAAAUCGGCCUUGCUCAAAACGUUGGACACUGGUGACUUCCAGAAGGCCAUGGAGUCAAUCCGCCAGAAGCGCGGCGAGACCGAUGGCAAG